CUUGCUCCAAAUUUGCGAGGUGAUAGCAAGAUCUUUUCUACGUUUUUCCUCAAGCCAAAACAAAAUGGAGGUUCCAUCACUUUGUGCUAGUGGCUGUGGCUUCUACGGUUCUUCUGCCAACAAGAACCUUUGUUCAAAGUGUUACAAAGAUUAUCUCAAAGUCACCAAAUCAAAUGAGUGUGAAACCAAGAACUUGAAUGACCAAGUUUUUGUUCUUGAUCAGUCAUCAACUUCUGAAGAUUCUAACACUGAUGCUAUGGUUGAUGUUACUCUCACCGACGCUGAGGGAAUGAACAACAAGCGAAAGAGGUGCAAGUGCUGCAACAAAAAGGUUGGGCUAUUAGGGUUUGGAUGCCGUUGUGGGGAUGUGUUUUGUGGAACACAUAGAUACCCGGAGAAGCAUGCAUGCAAAGUGGAUUUAAAGGAAAUUGGUCGUCAAGGUUUGGUUAAACAAAAUCCUGUAUGUAUCGGUGAUAAGUUAGAACAUAAGAUUUAAGGAUUGGGUUUGGAUUCAUCGUUCUGCUUUGUCAAUUUGUGUACGAUUUCUCCCAGUAUUUUCUGUUAUGAUGAUAGGAAUCGAUAGGUAUUAGGUGUUAUCAACAUUCCAUCAUGAAUUGUAAAUGUUGCUCUAUUGAUUAUGAAUUUCUUACUCAUUAUUUGUCAUUUAA